AUCAUGUUGCCAUGCAACUCCUCACUCCUCCCUCAAGCAAUACUAGUCUGUGCAAGGAUUAGAACUUGAGAUCAAGGCCCUAACUCCUGUCCACAACCACGAUGAAGUUUCUUCCAGUUAGCUUUCUCAUAUUGGCUUUGGCAACUGCCGCUGCUUUCGCUUAUGACCCGAGUCCUCUUCAGGACAUAUGCGUGGCCACCAAUGACCUCAACUCUGGAGUAUUUGUGAAUGGAAAGUUCUGCAAGGACCCAAAACAAGCAACAGCUGAUGAUUUCCUCUUUAUGGGGUUCAGGAAUCCUGGAAACACAUCGAAUCCGCUUGGAUCAAAAGUCACACCGGCUUUCGUCGACCAAUUUCCGGGACUCAACACUCUUGGAAUAUCCAUGGCUCGCAUCGACUUUGCUCCCGGCGGCCUAAAUCCUCCCCACACUCACCCCCGCGGCACUGAGGUUCUGGUCGUGGUGGAGGGUACCCUACUUGUUGGCUUCGUCACAUCCGACCAAUUAAACAACACUCUCUUCACCAAAGUCCUGUACAAGGGCGACGUGUUUGUGUUCCCUAUUGGUCUCAUUCACUUUCAGUUGAACAUCGGAAACACCUAUGCGCUGGCCUUUGCCGGUCUGAGCAGCCAGAACCCGGGAGUCAUUACCAUUGCUAAUGCCGUCUUCGGAGCAAAGCCACCCAUUUCUGCUGAUGUUCUCACCAAGGCCUUCCAAGUGGACAAGAAGGUUGUUGACUACCUCCAGGCACAGUUUUGGUACGACAACAACUAAAAGAAUCUGCGACCAACAUAAAUUACACGGAAUAAUUGAAUCAUGACUUACAUGAUUAACCUUGUUUCCAUAAGGGGUUGCUAUACACAUAAUUAAACUAUGUACUCUUGUCUGACCAAUUCGAAUAAAAGA